GAGCAAUGGUGGAACCGACAUGGAUAGAAAUAAAUGAAAUAAAGGGUUUUAUAACGUUUCUAGCGAGCAUCGAUUGGUACGAUCCGUGGUUGAUAGGAUUAAUCGCCUUUCACGUAUGCAUCACAUCGACGGCGCUACUUACGAGAAAUUAUGGCAACUUUCAGGUGUUUCUGUUCUUCGUCCUCUUGCUGCUGGUGUACUUUUCCGAGAGCAUCAACGAGUACGCGGCAUUGAAUUGGAGAAUUUUCUCCAAACAACAGUACUUCGACGAUAAGGGUUUAUUCAUAUCGGUUGUGUUCUCCGUGCCAAUAUUGCUCAACUGUAUGCUAAUGGUGGGAAGCUGGUUGUAUCAGUCGACGCAGAUGAUGGCCAAAUUGAAAACUGCCCAGCUAAAGCAACAAAUCCGACAAUCCAACAGCAGGCAACGAUUAAAGGACGAAAAGGAGGAAUGAGCACUGUGUCAUGUG